AUGUCACGACCACGAAAUAUACCAGAUUAUCCUGAUGAGAUUAUUUCACUACCCAUGUUUCAUCCGGACAUGUCUCACAGGCAUCAGGCAGAGGCUUAUGUCCUACAACACAACAAAGGGGAAGGAAGCUAUCUUGUGCGGCCAAAUACAGACAACGACCCUUCGUAUGUCAGCAUCACAAUCAGCAUUGUAGGCAACAGAACAUGCAACGCUAAAGUUUUUAUUGAAAACACAAAUUAUGGCACACGAUACUUCAUCUCUGACAAGCUGAAGUUUCCAACUUUUAAUGCACUGUUGAGCUACUACUGUGAACAUCGGAUUCACUGUCGCCAGGGAAUCAACGUUCGCCUGAUGCUGCCACUGAGAAAGAUUAACCAAUCUGGACAAAAGAUCCCUAUGAAUGGUGUCGUAGAGGCGCAGCAGGCAUCCUCAUCAAGUUCAGGCUCAGAUGAAACAAUGAAAGGUCUGAAACAACCCAGCAAAGAAGACAUACACAGUAAGAAGCGGGAGAAAUAUAAAAUACGAGCAAACUCAGAGUCAAAUAUGCAAGUAGGUCAGCCUGCGUCUGCCAUUACUAAGAAGCAAGGUUUGUUUACUAGCCUGUCACAUGGAGACAACAAAGCAUCACUGUCACUUUCACUCCCUCAGAUGGAUAAUGUUCCUUUGCCAAGUCACACUAAUUCCGGACUAAAAUAUUAUAAUUUGACCUCAGCAAAGCCGGAUCCGAAAUCAUUCAUGAAGUGUCGACCCCCAGCACCUCUACCCAGACCGGAGUCCCAAUCUUCCGAGGAUACGUUUUACUACACCAGCAUUGAUGCCAACAAAGACUUCUUCCAUGAAACAUACCAGUUCUUGAAAGCCAAUGAGAUGUGUGAGUGCGGACUUCGCAUUUGUGAUUCGGAACUGGCUUUAGGUUGGACCAUUCAUCGAAGCCAAGACCCGGCUACCCUCAACCACAUCUUCUUUCAGCACGGAGAGAGCACCACCUGGGAUAUGCCGAUUGAACUUGUGGACAAGUUAACCAAUGAGCAGGCAAUGUUUAUUAUCUAUUUAUGUCGGGAGGGGAAGCAGCGGGUGCCUGUGUGUUUAAGGGAAAUGUUGGACAGAAUGUUGGGGAGGACAACGGUGGAUAGGAGGUAG